CCGGACCGCAUUUUCACGUCAACGCUCCGCCUAAAGAGAGGUCGUUUGUGUUUUGGUUUUUAUUCGCUUGCUGAAACUUUUCGCUGCGAGUCAAAGUGUAAAUUGAAAACGCUUGUGAUUUUUGACGUCCUUCAUAUAUAAAAAAUAUUUUCAAUUGACUACCAAAAAUAACGGUUAUUUAAUUUUGAAAACCAAAAGUGCAAAGUGCAAGAAUUUCGAAAACUAAACUGAAAGCAAUAAAUAUUGUGCGUGCGAAAAAUACACUGUUUUCAUAAACGAGAAUUGAAAAAUCAAAACCAAUUGCAAACAGCUUCAGAAUUAUACGAAUAAUUCAAAACGAAAGUGAUUUAAGAAACACAAUACGAAAAUUGAAACAGUUGUGAAGUCAAAAUAAUAAACGUUAACGUGCCAUCUCAAUUGGAUUUAACGAAACACACAGUUCGAUAGGGAAGCAGUAGAGUUGGAAAGCGUAGAGCAACACAGAACACAAGUGAAAGGAUUACAGCAACUGCCCAAGCAGUUAACUCUUUAAACGGUGCGGUGGUUUCCUUCCGCCUCGCAGUCGGGUAUAUGUGCAUGUCGGAGAAGUACAGCUAAAAGUCGAGCAAAGCCUACAAUUACACACAACAAAAUUUCAAUAAAUCUCAAUCAAACCAAAACACAGUAAAACCAAUAAAAUGGGGCGACAAUUGCGGCCUUCUGUGCUCGCAACUCUAUUCUGCUUAGUGUUCAUAGCGAAGGACGCUGUCUGCGAAGGACCACAUGUCGACUCAGCAUCACUACCGCUGGAACAUAGAUCCGUUUACGGCCCGCCUGCACCAUCGCCCGUGUACGGCGCUCAGCAAGGUCCCGUGCCCGCUGGAGUUAGCAACGAGAUCUCCGACGAUGCUUGGCCGCUCUCUGCCACCAAUGAUAGUCCACAAAUUAAACACUUGCAGGUGCAAUGCGAGAAGACACAUAUGCGUGUUAACAUUGAGUUCGAUCGUCCUUUCUACGGUAUGAUCUUCUCGAAGGGCUUUUAUAGCGAUCCACACUGUGUGCACCUGAAACCUGGUACCGGUCAUCUGAGCGCCACAUUUGAGAUCUUCCUCAACAGUUGCGGCAUGACAAGUUCGGCUAAUCACAAUGCGGCCGGUUAUGGCGCGCCAACGCCUUCGGGUAGUUAUGUGGAGAAUACGAUUAUCAUACAAUAUGAUCCUUAUGUGCAAGAGGUGUGGGAUCAGGCCAGAAAAUUGCGUUGUACUUGGUAUGAUUUUUACGAAAAGGCUGUCACAUUCCGUCCAUUCCAAGUUGAUAUGUUGCAUGCGGUUACUGCCAACUUCCUCGGUGAUAAUCUACAGUGUUGGAUGCAAAUUCAAGUAGGCAAAGGUCCAUGGGCUUCUGAAGUAUCUGGCAUUGUGAAAAUUGGACAGACAAUGACUAUGGUUUUGGCUAUUAAGGAUGACGAAAACAAAUUCGAUAUGUUGGUACGUAAUUGUGUAGCUCACGAUGGCAAACGCGCACCCAUACAAUUGGUUGAUCAGAAUGGUUGUGUUGUACGUCCAAAGAUUAUGAGCAAAUUCCAGAAGAUUAAGAAUUUCGGACCAUCAGCGUCGGUUGUCAGUUUCGCCUACUUCCAAGCCUUCAAAUUCCCCGACUCUAUGAAUGUGCACUUCCAGUGUGUGAUACAAGUAUGCCGCUACAACUGCCCUGAACCGAAGUGCGGACCAGGACUACCAGGUGGUGAAUACGGUGUGCCACAGAUUGGUAAUAAUGCGCUCUCGGCUGAAUAUGGCGCACCAGAACCAUAUGACCGCAAUGAUUAUCCAUUAGGUGGUCUGCCACCAGCCGCCUAUCCAGAUCCACGUCACCAAGCUGCCGAUGCUACCGGCGCCUACUCUGAAAACCAACCCGAUGUAGUACCCUCACCACAAGCACAAACUGCUGGCGUCACAACACCCGAGGCUGCUCUACAAAGUUCACAAGCGACACCACAAGGCGCACAUGAUUUGCAUAUGCCACCACCACCAUUACCCGGCCAACCUGGCCUCUAUAGCACUGUGAAGCGUAAAGACGAUAUCGAGGGUGGAAAUCUAGUGUCGUUAGGUGGACGUCCACGUUCGGUAGAGGGACUCGACGAUUUGCGUGGCGUACGCAGACGACGUGAUACAAUGGAUAUUGUCGUGAAACCACGUAUUUACAAGCGAGACACGCAGGAGAUGACCGACGUGAACACGAGCCGCACCAUACAAGUGGUGGCGCCCGGCGAUGUCAACUUUGCGCUCAACAAUAAUUCCAACAACGAGACCGUAGUCAUACAAUCGGCACGAUCAGCUGAUCCUGAGACGAUUUGUAUGUCAGUGCCGAGCUUCGUCGGUGGCCUUGUCAUGCUAUUGUUGGUGCUGGCGGUAGCAUCUCUAGUCGCUGCAUUCCUCUUCGUGCGCGUGCGGCAUUUCGAUCGGAAGGGUGCCUCCAUGGCGUAUGUUAACUAAUCAAGGAAAACGUUCAAUGCGCAAAGCGAAUAAUUCAACCACAACCACUGUCUGCUAUCACACACACUACCUAGAUACCUAGAGUAACGAAAUAAGGUGUGGAUGCCAGUCGGAAGUGGUUUGAGCAUACGAACUGACGCUUAUACAAAAACGAUAUUUGUCAUCACACAUUAAAUAACACCGAAACACAUAAACAAACAAGACCGUACAUACCAAGAAACGCAUUCGAACGACAAACAAAUCAGAUAUCCGCUAAAACUUUCGUUUGUAAGUUCGUGCAUGCAUGUAGUAUGUAUGGUACGUGGACGCAAUCACGACGACAACACCUGUAUUUAUUUGCUCGGCUGCCAGCGGAGGCGGAAACCCAAUCGAACAUGCAAAUUGGAGCGGGUGCAAACUUGUGAAAACACUGUUGAGCUGCGGUCCAUUCUUCAUUCCAUCACCAAACCCGACGAACCUAAUUUAUACAUAUAUACUUCACUGCUUCUAAUUUAUUUAAUUUAUUUAUUUAUUCUAUCUACAUACAUAUUGUACGAAAUGUGAGAAAUAAACAUCUUCUUAAAGACACAGUCUCUUUAAUAUUAUGUUGUUAGGCUUCCCUAAAAUACGCGUGAAUAAUUUCGACUCAUCGACUGGGGCAUGACGUACGUGGGUACGUUGCUCCAGCUCAUAUCAGUCGUUUAAACUAAGGAACAAUUUUAAAAUUAAAUUACAUAUAAAUAUUAAUCAGCUAUUGAUGAAUUAUACGAUACGAAACAGAAAAGAGAAGAGAAAUGAGAAUGGAGGAAAAACAAAAAAACAAAAAACAAAAAAUCAAAAAAUCUUACAAAUAAGUUAAUGUAGCAACUUGUGUAUAUAUUAAAUUAUUUUUAUUUAAUAGACCUGAAUAAAUUUGUAUUUGACAUAAAA